GAAAACCAAACAAACAAAUCCACCAACAGCAUUACUUUAAUCCCCUCCUCUCUCCUUCACUUCAUCAUAAACUCCAAAACCCCACUCACUUCUCACCCUUCACACACGGAAACAGAGCAACCUUUUGCUAUUUCAAGCAACCCCCACAUAAAUCCACAUUUCCACAAGCUUGAUUUCAUCUGGGUUCUGAAUCUCGUUAUCAAUCGAAUCUCAAAUUCCAAAUCAGAUCAAGAUUCAAAGCUCUGUAUCGUGUUUUGAUUGAAUCGAAUUCAAUUCACAAAUAUGUACGGGAGAGAUCCAUGGGGUGGGCCAUUGGAGAUACACAACGCGGAUUCGGCGACGGACGAUGAUCGGAGCAGGAACUUAAACGACUUUGAUAGGGCGGCGCUGUCACGGCCGUUAGAUGAAACGCAACAGAGCUGGCUGUUGGGUCCCGGAGAACAGAAGAAGAAGAAGUAUGUAGAUCUGGGUUGUAUCAUUGUCAGCCGUAAGAUCUUCGUUUGGACGGUUGGAUUGAUUCUAGCAGCCGGUUUCAUCGCCGGAUGCGUCACGUUGAUCGUCAAAACUGUGCCUAGGCAUCACAAACACCCACCUCCUCCUGAUAAUUACACUAUUGCACUUCAAAAAGCUCUCAUGUUCUUCAAUGCCCAAAAAUCCGGAAAACUCCCAAAGCAUAAUAACGUUUCAUGGAGGGGUAAUUCAUGUUUAAACGACGGGAAAGCCGAUAAAUCCGGCGCCGUUUUAAAAGAUCUCGUCGGCGGGUAUUACGACGCCGGAGAUGCGAUAAAGUUCCAUUUCCCAAAAGCUUUCGCCAUGACUAUGUUGAGUUGGAGUGUAAUCGAAUACAGCGCCAAAUACGAAGCUGCUGGAGAACUCAAUCACGUAAAAGAUAUUAUCAAAUGGGGCACCGAUUACUUUCUCAAAACCUUCAAUUCUUCCGCCGAUACCAUCAGUCAAAUCGUCGCUCAGGUCGGGAAAGGGGAUACAUCGGCUGGGCCAGAUGACCCUAACGAUCAUAGUUGCUGGAUGCGACCGGAAGACAUCGACUACGAGCGGCCGGUGACGGAGUGCUCGAGUUGCUCUGACCUAGCGGCGGAGAUGGCGGCGGCUCUGGCUUCUGCGUCGAUUGUGUUCAAGGACAACAAAGCGUACUCGAAGAAACUUGUUCAUGGUGCUGCGACGCUUUGGAAGUUUGCGAGAGAUCAACGUGGGAGUUAUAGCGCAGGUGGAGCUGAUGCUGCAACUUUUUAUAAUUCGAGUAUGUAUUGGGAUGAGUUUGUUUGGGGUGGAACUUGGAUGUAUUAUGCUACUGGGAAUCAAUCGUAUCUUUACCUUGCUAGUCACCCCAAACUUGCUAAGCAUGCUGGUGCUUUUUGGGGUGGGCCCGAUUAUGGUGUUUUUAGCUGGGACAACAAGCUUACAGGAGCCCAAGUGCUAUUGACUCGGUUGAGAUUAUUCCUGAGCCCCGGUUACCCAUACGAAGAAACAUUGCAAACGUUUCACAACCAAACAAGCAUAGUCAUGUGUUCUUACCUGCCCUACUUUUCAAGUUUCAACAGAACAAAAGGUGGAUUGAUCCAAUUGAACCAUGGGAGACCUCAGCCACUUCAGUAUGUGGUGAAUGCAGCCUUCUUAGCUACCCUGUUUAGUGACUAUCUUGAUGCUGCAGAUACCCCUGGCUGGUAUUGUGGCCCAAAUUUCUAUUCCACUGACGUACUACGCAAGUUUGCAGAGAAACAGAUCAACUAUAUCCUCGGAGACAACCCAAGAAAAAUGAGUUAUCUUGUGGGUUACGGGACCCACUACCCGAAGCAAGUCCACCACAGAGGCGCAUCCAUCCCCAAGAAUAGAGUCAAGUACAGCUGUACCGGAGGAAUUAAAUGGGAAAAAUCCAAAAAAGCUAAUCCAAACACCAUUAUCGGUGCUAUGGUUGCGGGGCCCGAUAGGCAUGACGGUUUUCACGAUGUCCGGUCAAAUUACAAUUACACAGAGCCAACCAUCGCCGGAAAUGCCGGUUUAGUUGCCGCUUUAGUGGCACUUUCCGGUGACCGGACAACAAAGAAGAUCGAUAAAAACACUAUUUUUUCAGCGGUGCCGCCAAUGUUUCCAACUCCACCACCGCCGCCAGCACCAUGGAAGCCUUGAGUGGGUGGCGGAUGGAGUGGUGAACUGGUGGUGAUGUGUUUUAUGGUGUGUGAGUUAUAGUGAACAAGAUUUUGCUAUGGUUUAGUUUCUUUUAGGAUGGGAAAUGAAAGCAUGUGGUCGGGAGGUGUGUAGCGAUUUACUUCUGAAAAUGAUAUCCCGUAAAUGGAAGUGUAUGGAUGGUAUACAUAUUAUAUAUGUGUUUUUUGAAUGUAACAAAAACGAUCAAAUGUAUGUAUAAUUCGAAACAAUGAACAGUUUGUCACACUCGUGAUUGU